AUGGGACAAAGUCAGUCUGGUACCAGUGAUAAACAUGCUACAACAGAGCAGUUGAGCCAUGAGCUGGCUCGGAAAUUUGCAAAACGAUGCUUUACACCCCUGGAACUGUAUUCGUUCCAAGAUGUCUUUAAGAAUCUUGCAGAUCAUCAAGAUGGAGUCGCAUACUUUAAGGAAGAUACUAUUGCACGAUUUCUGGAAAUCCCGGAUAUUUUAGGCGCAUCCCCGAUUGUAUUUCAGAUGGUAUCUUACCUUGGUGCAUUCCCCUUUGGUCAGGAUGCGCCAGUGGUUUUGGGGUUUGAACAAAUGAUAAUGGUGGUGGUAAUAAUGACGGAGAGAUAUCAGAGGGUGUUGAAGAAGGGUAAUAGGGAUCGGACCAAGCUGCUUUUUCGAAGUUUGGCUGUCUACGAUAGAAGGGAAUCUCGUGCGGGCAUUGAGAAUGAAGAAAACAAGAAGGAAACCACUCCUCCGCUAUCAGAAGGAGAGGGUGUGGUCAAAAAUCAUGCCACAGGGUUUGCUAUCGAUGCAGCUGCGAAUGAUGAUAACGAGGAAGAGGAGGAAGAUGAUGAUCUUGCUCUAGCUGCACUCGAGUCACUUGAUGCUAUUGAAGUUUUCCGCCACGGAGAUCCCCCCAUAGCACAAGCGACGAUCCCAUCCGACAAUCUCAAAAAAUUGAUUAUGCUGCUGCUGUUGGUAGCACCAUUAGGAAUUCAAGAGAGUUUAGCUCACCAUACCGAAAGGCUCGCCAGCGAACAAUUAGAAAGUCUUCGAAAAACAGCGGACAACAUUCUCGCAGCUUUUGUAAAUGUGGAAAAAUUCCCUGGCGUUAAGAUACAUCAAUUCAACACUGUGAUACCCAUCUCCUUACCUUUUAUAUUUAAUGGCUUCAACGCUCUGUUCGAGCACUUUUUGUUCUCCAAGAACAUUGACUUCACCAAGCGAAAAGAUUCAUCAGAACCGCCACCUCCACUACCUUCAAACCUUGAAAUAGACCAACCUCUUCUUCCACAAAUAGGUGAAAUACUGGACCUUAAUGUCCUGUCGCAGCUCUCAUUUUUCCUUCCCGGAGAAUCCCUCUUCCGUCGUCUCCGACUACUUUACUCCGGUGGUGAUGCUGGCUUUUCGAUGGGCAGUUUCGAAACAAGAGUAUUCAACUGGCGUGCUCCAACCAUCCUUCUGGUCGCCGGAAACAGAAUUGAAGAUUCUCCCACUGGUGGGCAGGAAAGAACUUUUGUAGACACAUUACCACCCAAAAGAUUCCCCAAUAGUGGCAAAUCAUCCAGAGUUGUUUUUGGGAUUUACCUCUCUCAACCGUGGCGACAAACACACAAAGAGUGUUUUGGAGACACAGAUACACUACUAUUCCAACUCGAACCUGUUCAUGAGGUCUUCCAUGCCUCCGUAAUUAAUAAGGACUAUGUAGCAUUUUCUAAACCUCCAUCAGCCCACCCGUGUUUAUCAUUUGGGUGUCCACACCCCAAAGCGAAGCAAACAGCUGGGCUCUCUACCCACGUAAACCUCGGUGCUGUAUCACUUUAUUUGGACUCAUCCUUUGAGUUUGGUGUCUUUACCCACAAUCAUACGUCGGGCGGAGGAGCGUUCCACAAUAGCGAAACUAGACGCAAUGAUUUCCAAGAUCGGUUCGAAAUCGAGAGUUUGGAAGUUUGGGGCUGUGGAGGUGAUGCCGAGACUCAAAAGCAAAAGGAGAUGUGGGCUUGGGAAGAAAGGGAAGCGGAGGCGAGGAGGAAGAUUAAUCUCGGAACGGGUGAUAUUGAAGCUGAUAGGGCGUUGUUGGAAAUGGCAGGACUUAUUGGGGGAAACAGGAGUGGGGGUUCUAUGAAUUGA